CAUUUGAUAUUUUCGGAAAUGCAUUUUCAAAUUCUGUAAAAAUUUUGAAAAAAAAAUAUUUCAAAAAUGCAUUUCCGAAGUAGGGAUAUUUAGAGGUUUUCGCUGGGUCACCCCAUAGGGGUCAAUAAAGAAAUUCUCAAGAAAAUAAAUUUUAAUAUUAAGCCCAAUCCAAAUCCUUCUGGCCCAUUCAGAAAAGACAAAAGUAAACCCAUUUCAAAAACUAAAACCCUAAAUCCCCAAAUCCGUAGCUCCUGAACUCUACUCGCCGGAAAACACUGACGGAGUUGGUUUUCGGCUGACAGAAACAACCAGAAAUCCAGGGAAUUUGAAUUUCAGAGGAUAUAGUUGUAGCAGUUUGUGUUGUCUGUGUAAGAAAUUUCCAUGGACCUUUUUGGUGGCAGUGAUUCGGAAAAUGAUGAUAUCUCGAAAAUCGAGAUAAACCAAGAUUAUGCUCGUAGGUUUGAGCAUAACAAGAGGCGGGAGGAUCUCCAUCGUUUUGAGGAAUUAAAAAAGAAGGGUGUUAUUGAUUCGGAAGAUGAUGAAUCGGAGUCUGAAUCAUCUGAUGAUGAUAUUGAUAAAAGUUUUGAUCCUAGGAGUACUACGAAAUUCUUUGAUGCGUUGAUUAAAGUGAGGAAGAAGGAUCCUGUUCUUAAGGAAAAGGAUGUUAAGCUUUUUGAAUCGGAUCAUAGUAGUGAAGAUGAAGGUGAUGAUGAGAAGAGUGAACCGAAAGAUAAGGGGAAAAAGAAAAUGUAUUUGAAGGAUGUGGUGGCAAGGCAUUUGAUUGAGGAGGGGGCGGAUUUUGGUGAUGAAGAGGAAGAGAAAGGUGUAUCAAAGAGUAGUAAGGGUAAAAAGGCAAUGUCUUUGAAUCAGGAAGAGACGGGUUUUGUGAAUAGGGAUGGGAAGAAGAGUUAUGUGGAUGAGCAAGAGGAGUUGAAAAGGGCUUUUCUUGAAGCAGUAGAAAAGGAUGGUUUAGAAGAUGGGGAAGGGGAGUUUUUCAAAUCGAAGGAGAAGGGAGGUGAAGACCAAGUAGAGAGUGAAGACGAGGAACUUGUUGAGAAACUGAAUGAAUAUUUCGGUAGAGAUGCUGAAACAAAUAAAAAUUCUAAAUUUCUAAGAGACUAUUUCAAGAAUCAAAUGUGGAUAGACAAGAAUGUGGAGAGUUUGAAUGUCGGAGAGGAAGAUUUUCAAGAAAUUUCUGAGGAUGAGAUGGAAAUUGAGAGGCAGGAAGUGUAUGAGCAUAGAUUUCAGGAAAAUCCGGGAGAUAGAGUGUUGGGUCAUGCUCGUAAGGUGGAGGGGUCAGUGAGGAAAAAGACAAACACAAGGAAAGAGCAGAGAAAGAGCAAAGAGGAGAGAAUGGCAAUAGCACAAAAGGAAAGGGAGGAGGAGUUGAAACAUUUAAAGAAUGUCAAGAAACAGGAGAUACGGGAGAAGGUCAAAAAGAUCAUGAAAACUGCUGGGAUUAAUGAUGAUGAUGUUAUCCCUUUGUCUGCUGCCGAAUUAGAAGAGGAGUUUGACCCCGAGGAGUAUGAUAGAAUGAUGAAGAAAGCAUUUGAUGAUAAGUAUUAUAAUGCAGAGGAUGCUGACCCUGAAUUUUGUAGUGAGGACGAAGAGGACAUGGAGAAGCCGGAUUUUGAAAAAGAGGAUGAAUUACUUGGGCUUCCUAAAGGCUGGGAUGAAUCUGGAUCUGAUGGUGGGUUUUUGGCUGCAAGAGAAAAUGCUUUGAAGGAAAAGACUGAGAUUACUAGUGAUGAUGAUGGUGAUGUCGUUGAAAGUGAUAAUGAGAUAGAGGAAAUUCUCGACGAAGGUAGUAGUCGGAAGAGGAAGCGUAAAACAGCUCUUUUGGAGAAAGCUAGGCAGGCAAUGAUGGAGGAGUACUAUAAACUAGAUUACGAGGACACAAUUGGGGACCUGAAAACAAGAUUCAGGUAUGCCAAAACAAAGCCCAACAAAUUUGGCAUUGGCUCCUCUGAGAUACUAUUGAUGGAUGACAAGGAAUUGAAUCAAUAUAUUUCCUUGAAAAAACUUGCUCCUUACCAGGAGGAGGAAUGGAAGCUUAGCAAACAAAAAAAAUACAUGCUGAAGAUGAGAGCUAAGGAGAUCCUUGCUGCAGCAAGUAUGCAUAAGAAGAAAAAUAAGAAGUCAAAGGUUAAUUCUAGCAAGAUAAUAACUUCAUCAAGCAAUGUUGUGGAGGGUGAAAAAGCAAACGCAGCAGACAAUGUUGUGGAGAAUGAAAAUGCAAACACAGAAGAAUCAAAAUCAAAAUCAAGGAAAGCCAAGAGAAGGGAAAACAUGGCUAAUUUAAAGUUAUCACAGUCGAGGCUUAAAGCAUAUGGAAAGACAACAUGAAAAUCUAAGCGUAUGGUUUGAGCAGUAUUCCCAUACUCUUAUAGAAGAUUGGAAGUUUGGACGUUCCAAGGGACAAUGUUCUGGCCCAAGUUUUGUGUGUGGAGAAGUUUUUGUCUUUCUAGUUUUCUCCAUUAGAUGUACUUUAUGUAUGGAAUUCUCAGUUAUAGUCAAACUCUAUCUUUGGGAUCAGCAA